UAAAAUUGAGAGGCUGAAUCUCCUCCUAUUCCAGAUAUUUGAACUCGUCCAGUCGACUCUUUUGCUCGACGGGUACAGAAACUCGCAAGACCGAAAAGGAUAGUGUUUCGUUCCAACAACGCCAGAAGUGCUAGCGUUUAAAAUGACCAUCGGAGUCGCCAUUUUGGGGGGAGGCAUUUUCGCCAGAGAAGAGCACAAGCCUGCAGUUGAAGCUGCAAAAGAUCUUACGUUGAAGGCUGUCUAUUCACGGUCACUGAAGUCGGCCAAAACACUUGAGGUCGACGAGUCCAAGGUCGACAUCUAUUCUGAUGAAUCAGGCGCCGGCAAAUCCCUGGACGAUCUACUGGCGCGGUCGGAUAUCGGGGCAGUCAUUAUCGCCUUGCCAAUAAAGAAUCAGCCAGAGUACGUCCGAAAGGCAUUACUGGUGGGCAAGCAUGUUCUAUCUGAGAAGCCAGUUGCGGAAAAUGUCAAGGAGGCAGUAGAGAUGAUUAAAUGGUAUCGGUCAGAGAUCGCGCCCAAGGGAGUAACGUGGGGAGUCGCAGAGAACGUUAGAUACACGAACUCAUUCAUCCACGCCGCGGACGCUGUCAAGCCCAAGGGUCGACAACUGACUUUCAGAUGUCGGAUGCAGACACUGGUCGAGGGUGGGAAGUAUUUUGAGACCUCAUGGCGCAAAGUCCCAACUCACCAGGGUGGCUUCCUGCUAGAUGGAGGUGUUCAUUUCACGGCAGCGCUUAGAUUGAUGCUGGGAAAGGACAAUCCCUUGGUAUCGAUAUCAGCCCAUUCGGCAUUGCUACAGGAACAUCUUCCUCCAGUUGAUACGGUGGAGGCCACGGCGAAGAGCAAGAAGGGCGCAGUUGGGACAAUUUCGAUAUCAUUUGGAACCACUGCCAAAGGGAGUGAGUGGACGGUGGGGUGCGAGAAGGGCUUUGUCAGCAUCUCCCGCAACAAAGUCACAAUAGAUGACAAAGUGGAAGAAAUCGAAGACGAAAAGACCGGUGUGCCGCCCGAAGUGAGAGCGUGGGGUGAGGCUCUGGCGGCCGGCACAGUCAAUGAGAUGCAGUCCCCUGAGGAGGCUCUAGCAGAUCUGGAACUCAUCGAGGCAAUGCUCAGAAGUGGAGAGCAAGGGGGUGUUCCUAUCAAGCUGCAGCAUCAAGAAGUGUAGAUGAGGACAGUAAUCAUUUCAGGAUAAGGACGGAAGCCAUUCAAUUAGAUGAGGAUCACAUUAUCUACCAGGUACUGCAGAGACCCGAGUACUCCGUAUUGUACUGAUGGAUGUCUUGG